CACUUUAUUAGUGGGCGGUGUGAGUAGGCUAUUUUACAGGUUGCAGUAUGCAAGCCAGUUCUAUCUUUUUGUUAUUGUCACGCUUGAGCCAGCUCAUCUAGGCCUAGGCCAUGUGUCCAGUCGACAGGCGAGUAACUGGUGGAGAUCUUGCUCAUCAAAGCUUGCCAGUCCACCCCACAACUGAUUUUCAACCAUAGUGCGCCAUUGAGAGCGACUUCAACUGACCAAGAUCGCAACGCCACGUGCUGAAAUAUAGUAGUCACGUGUUGCCAACAGGACGAUCAGCUUUCCGCAUCGUUAGGCCGAAGAAGAUUUUCUAUGAUGCAGCCCAAGUUGUGAAUAAGAGAUAAGAGAGUUACCCUCUCUUACCAGUAGUUGAGCUCAAAUGUAACAAUGUCGCAUUACGACCUGAAAACUGAACCAACUCCUGUCGACUAACACUGUAUCACUCCACGUUUCGUUUUGUCUAGGACAAGCCGAGCGGAGCCCCGCUAAGCGGGGCUUUUUGAACAGUGUUAAGCCGAGCUGGCAGGGCACCCGCCUCGCUUCGCUCAACGAGAAUGCGAAACAAAACGCUGAGGUGUUCGCGAGACACGGAGAUAAGAUCCGACGACGCCAGGACUGCAUUUAGCUCGAAGGUGCAAAAACAUCUGAACGCACACACUGGAACGAUAAAACCGUCGGUAGCGCUUCUAUCGCGUGCCAGCUCACCGGAGCUUCAAUCUUCUUGCAUUUCGGGUUUUGCCGCCUGAUUGAAGCCGUCGUUGUCUGUCAUGCAAGUGCUCCACGAACGAUAUCGAGUCACGCGCGACCUUAGCGCCACACUAUACGGGUGUGUUGUCGCCUGCCAAGACACACAAGGUGAGCAGAAACUCGAACCGAAAACUGCUCUCGUAUCCCCUGUUGUAGUCAAGCAAGUGUCACUGGAGCGCAUGGCAAGCGUCAUGAGAGACUUCCCGUCCGAUGGCCACAUGCCGGACAACCCGUUCGUCGAAAAAGAGGUCGGUGACAUCAUACGCGCUGCCGGGGGACACCCCAACCUCGUGCAGUACAAAGAGUCAAUCCUUGACCAAAAGACUCUCUACCUGGUUUUGGAAUACUGCGCCGACGGUGAUCUAUACGACUACCUCAGUAGAAGAAAACAACGCACCAUGUCGUGCUCUAACGCGCUCAGUGUGCUGUCCCAAGUGGCCAUGGGUCUGGCGUUUCUACACAAGCACGGGAUCGCACACCGUGACAUCUCACUCGAGAACAUCAUGCUACACCGGGGACGGUGUAAAAUCGGCGACUUUGGGCUCGCUACACGCGCCAGCAUCGCCAAUGGGCGACAAGUGGGCAAGAAAUACUAUAUGGCGCCCGAGAUCGUCGCAGGCGAGACGUACGACCCCAAGGUGGCGGAUGUUUGGUCACUCGGUAUUGUGUUCUUCAUUAUGCUCACGGGUUCGCCGCUCGUUUCGUUGGCUUCCACGUCUGUCAAAUCAUUCCGUACACUGCAACAGGCCGGCAUCAAGACUGUUCUUCAAGCCUGGGGGAUCGCGCCGACCAUGUCCGAGAGUGCCGUGGAUCUUUUGUCGGGCAUGCUGCAGAUCGAUCCUCAGAAGCGCCUGACGGUUGCCCAGGUGCUCGAUCACGACGCUUUGAGCUCGUCAGGUGGCUGUACCAAGACAGCCUAAGUUCGCGAACCAGUAAAGUGACCAGCACCAUGCACGUUUAAAGCGGUAUAGCGUGUUCUAGUCGUUGAACCUGUAACUAUAUAAAUAAAUGUACCCAUGUAGACUACUA